GAAGAUGAAGAUUCCAGCGAUACUCGUGACGUCUCUCCUCGCUUGGGGGCUCGCCAGCGGCGGAGCCUUGGAGUCUAGCGCGUCGUCCGCACAGGCCUCGGCGUCGGCGUCGUCGUCGUCGUCAUCGUCCGCCGGGAUCGGCAAACGGCGCGGCUCGCUCAUCUGGGGCAAGGAGGAGCAGGAGAAGAACAUCGAGGGACUCGACAGGAAAUCGAUCAAUUCUCUCGCCCUGAAACUCGGCAUCAACAACGGUGGACUGGACGUCGCCAAGGGAGCGGCCGUCAUCGAGUCGGCGAUGUCCGAUGUGUCGACCCUCACCGACCAGCGCUCGUUCCUGGAUCUCGGCUUCGGUGCCAUCGCGAACAGCGCCGAGUAUCUCGCGAGCAAUCAGACAGCCGCGAGCGCCAACGCCGGGGCGAGGGCCAACGCUGCCAUCGAGCAAGCGAUCACGGCGAUGGAGAUAGUCGACAAGGCCGAAUAUCUUGCGGCGAUCAUAACUACCAAGGCAGCGAAGGCCGCCGAAGCCACCGCGGCCGCGGUCGCCCGCGCCGCGGCGGCUGCUGCGGCUUCCAAGGUCUCUAGCGAGGAAUCGGCAGCCGAGGCGAAAAAUGCCGCCAACGUUGAAGCCAAGGCCAACGCCGCUUCCAUGAUCGCCAAGAAAGCGAACACCGGCCUGGCGGAGUUAGCCGCCCAGCUUGCCGCCGUCGUCGCCAAAGCCAAGGAGUCGGCGAUCAGAUCAUUGGAGGCCGCACGAGCUUCCGCUAAGGCUCAGGCCGAGAUCACCGAGGCCGGCGCCAAAGCCAUGUUCGCUAUUGCCAAAGCCAAGACCGCCAUGUCCAGCGCGGCCGCUGAUCAGAACGUCUGCUCGUCCCAGGCACAAGCCGCCAGCCAGAUACAAUCGAGAGCCUCCGCAUCCGAAUCUGCGGCAUCGGCUCAAUCUGAGACCAACACCGCCGCGGCCGAGGCGGUCGCUAUCGCUGACGCCGAGGCGGCCAGCCAAGCGGAAGGAUGGAUCGAGUCGUUCAAGCGCGAUCCCUGGGUUCCUCUUAAUUUAAAGGGAGAGGCCAAGACCAGCGCCGAGGCCAUUGAGAUCGGUAAGGGACAUCAUGGUAUCAGUAGGUCGAGCGCGGAAGCCAGCGCCGAGGCAAGCAGCAGCAUGUCCUUGGGAGGCGGACAUCACGGACGUCAGGAAAGCGUCAGCACGGCGUCAGCGGACGCGAGCAGCAGCGCCGACGCUGCAUCCAUUUAACGUGCAGCGCAAUCGCAAUCUCUGCUAAGAAAAAAAUCGUCGCCACGGCCGACAACAACAUACAACUUUUGAUUCAUGCGAAUACCAUAGGUUAUCAGCACGAGCAUUACUGGCAGGAAUUGAAAAAAUAAAA